GCUGGAUCGAGCGACCCUUGCCCUCGUCGGCAACUUCAGCUGUCAUUCCUUCUCAAACGUCUCGCGGGCGGCCGUCGUGUCUCCAAGCAUGGGUCUAAUCACAGGAGUGUGUUCUUUCUUGUACCAUCUACCUCAAAUCUACAAAUGGCUCCUGAAACCGUACUAUAUCACCUCGGUACUGAUGACCGUCGCAUUCCUGGUUGUGAGAAAGGCUCCCGGUCUGUGCGAAUACCUGGCGACCCAGCGCGAGGACGGCAACUCCUGCGACUUUGACUGGAGAGAGAUGGAGAUUCUGAUGUUUUUAGGUGCAAUAGUGGUGAUGAAGAACAGGAGAGCAAUCACACUGGAGCAGCACAUAGGCAACCUGUUCCUGUUUAGCAAAGUGGCCAACGUCAUCCUCUUCUUCAGGCUGGACAUCCGGCUUGGCAUCCUUUAUCUUGCUCUGUGUGUUGCCUUCGUUAUGACCUGUAAGCCGCCUCUCUACAUGGGCCCCGAGUACAUCAAGUACUUCAGUGACAAGACAAUAGAUGAGGAGCUGCAGAGGGACACUCGUGUUACCUGGAUUGUUGAAUUCUACGCCAACUGGUCAUCUGACUGCCAGUCCUUUGCUUCAGUCUUUGCUGACCUUUCCCUCAAGUACAACUGUACUGGACUCAGGUUUGGGAAGGUGGACAUUGGACGCUAUGGAGAGGUUUCCCAGAGGUAUGGGGUCAGCACGUCUCCUUUGGCUAAGCAGCUUCCUUCACUGAUUCUUUUUCAAGGAGGGCGGGAAAGUAUCCGUCGUCCAAUGGUAGACAGCAAAGGGAGAGCUGUAUCUUGGACUUUCAAUGAGGAGAACAUUAUCAGAGAGUUUAACCUCAAUGAGAUCUUCCAAAAGGCCAAGAAACUGGACAAAAGUCGUGGUUUGAAGGAAGAGGAUCAGAACGGCGUUCAGCCUGAUGAGGGCAGCGAUGAGCCUCAUACUGAAACAAACAAUCUAGAGGAGCCCACAGAGAGCAAGAAAGACCAGUGAGGUGAGGAGGACUUUCAGAGAAGGGCUGCAUGAAGUGUCGACUUUGCUUCUAAUGUUUCCAUGCCUUACAUGACGGUAAAAGUCAAGAUUACUGUGGAUACAGAGAUGAAAGUCGCUUCAUGCCCUCUCUACGCUAAGUCUUUAUUAUGUCAAAUAAAUGCCCACAAGGCUGGACCAGGUUUGUCUGCUCCGUCAGGGUAUGAUGCUGUGAGUCUUGAAAUGAUAUGCAACUAUUUGAGGACAUUUUAAUAAGAACUUUGUUAUUUUAAAACAAAUAUCUUUUUGUAAUUCUUGUUUUUUCAGCAUCUUAUUGUGUUUUGCUGCCUGUAUUGUGUGUUUGCUAAUGUCUCAUUUUCAACCAAAGCAAAAAGGUGUAUCUGAAAUAAAGAUGUACACAAAGUUUA